CCCAGUCAACAGUCUAACCCCGACACGCUGCUUGUUUUCAUUCGCCAGUAGUGGAAAUCUGUAGAUGUAGCUACAGCGAUCGCCAGCUCACUGACAUUCAAGCAGUUUGCCUAACCGACAUACAAAUAUGCAGAGUUCGAGUGUGUUAGAACGGCUGCGGCAGUUUGAUGCAUAUCCAAAGACGUUGGAAGAUUUCCGGGUGAAAACGUUCGGUGGAGCUGCAGUGACACUGUCCAGUGCAGUGCUGAUGUUCAUACUGUUUGUGUCGGAGUUCAACUAUUACCUCACGAAAGAAGUGCAACCAGAACUAUUCGUGGAUACUUCAAGAGGCCAGAAGAUUCGAAUAAACAUUGAUAUAGUAUUUUCCAAGUUGCCUUGUGCAUAUUUAAGUAUUGAUGCCAUGGACGUGUCUGGUGAACAGCAGAUCGAUGUAGAUCACAACCUGUUCAAGCAGCGUCUGGAUAGUAAUGGGAAAACUGUUGAUGACAAGCCAGAAAAACAAGCCUUAGGUGAUACCGCUAAAGAUUUGGCUGCAAAUGUUACAAAGCCGAAGGAACUUGAUGCUAAGCUAUGCUGUAACACCUGUGAAGAUGUGAGAGAAGCCUACAGGAAAAAGGGUUGGGCUUUCAACAACCCAUCUACCAUCGAGCAGUGCAAGCGAGAGGGAUGGUCCGAGAAAAUGUCUGCACAAAAAAAUGAAGGUUGCCGGGUUUUUGGUUACCUGGAAGUUAACAAGGUGGCGGGCAACUUCCACUUCGCUCCUGGGAAGAGCUUCCAGCAGCACCAUGUGCAUGUUCACGAUCUGCAGGCAUUUGGUGGACAGAAGUUCAACAUUUCUCAUCAAAUCAACCACCUGUCCUUUGGCAUUGACUAUCCUGGAAUUAUCAACCCUCUUGAUGCAACAUAUGAAGCUGCUAACGAGGAACAGAUGAUGUUCCAAUAUUUUGUUAAAGUUGUGCCGACCACCUACACUCAAAUUAAUGGCAAGACGCUGCACACCAAUCAGUUCUCAGUGACCAAACAUUCCAAGACCGUGGCUGGGGGAGCAGGGGAGAGUGGCCUGCCAGGAGUCUUCUUCAUGUAUGAGCUCUCACCUAUGAUGGUUAAAUAUACAGAAAAACAGAGAUCCUUCAUGCAUUUUCUGACAGGUGUUUGUGCAAUAAUAGGAGGAGUAUUUACAGUUGCUGGUCUCCUAGACGGGAUGAUCUACCAUUCUGCUAGAGCCAUCCAGAAAAAGAUUGACCUGGGAAAGGCAUCCUGAUUUAAUCAAGAUAUUUUAGCUGCAGACUAUUUGCUCUCAGACUACUUGGCAUCAUAACAGAACGUCCCAUCUAUGGGGUAUCUGUUGCUUCGGGAAGUACGUUUAGCUUGGGUUUUGCUCUAUAAUAAAAGGGAAACAAAAUACUUCACAUUACCAGACAGAUCAAUGCAUUGUGGUCCAUUGUAUGAUAUUUGAUAUUUGAUCUUAGUGCAGUGUUCACAGGGACUGCAAUUCUGCUGAUUAGUUAGUAAAUCCCCUUUUGAUAAUCGGUUUCAGAAGUUUUGUCUGUCUCUGGCUAUUUAUCUUACAGAGGGCAUGAUUAAGCUCAUUUACAGUUGGCAGUUUGAAUCGGAUUCUAAGAGUAUUUUAGUCAAGGUCUAACACAUCCCACUUGCAAUAAAUGCUUAAUGACAAUCCCUCAGUUGCACACAAGAAUCAACAACAGUUGUGACCUCGGUAUUACUUUUCGCUAAGCAUUCAUCUAAUGGCUUCUUUGUAAGGAACACAAUGUCGAGAAAACUGACAUACCCUUAACUUUUUGUGGUUCAAACAAAGCUUGUAGUCUGUCAGCACAAAAUGUAUUUUGUAUAUCAAGAGUGCGAGGUAGGUCUGAUUGAACAAGGCCAGUGCGAUAGUGUGUGGCGCCCAUAGGUCCCAGGGUAGUCCCACGUAGAUUCUCAUUGAUGUAUGCAUUUGAAGCACAUUUUAAGCCGCCUCUCACCCGUUGCCUGGUAAUGCAGGAAUAUUGCUAAAGUGGCCUAAAACUGUUGUCUUUAGGUUUCCACUGAAACAAUGUCAUUGUUUCAAUGUAGAUAAAGCCUGGCCCCCAUGAUGAUUGGGAAGAGCUGUGAAGGACAGUGUCUAAACUAUAGUUAUUGUCUUGGUCAUACUGUAUGCUAUUUAUUAACAACAUCGGUAUGUGACAACGACUUCGUCGGCCCACUUCUAAUGUACAGAUGCUAUGUAAGACUGUAUCCCGAUACUGGUAUUAACUGACUGGUUGUGAAGAAUCUUAUAAUCUGUCAAUCCUUCCACUUACUGUCCCUGUCUCAAACUGUAUGAUAUAACUGUAGUGUACAGUCUCCGGGAUAUAACCGGGAGAGAAACUAGGUAGUCUCAGAGCAGAUCUUUAUGGUAUUUACUAUCUAUUUUUGUUGGUAUUUUGUUUCUAAUAAAACGUGGAAAACUA